UCGCUUUAUUUUGGCCCGAUCCGACGGCACUAACGGUUCGGUCACCGCGACGCACAGUCGGUCGAGAGUGGAAAGCGGAUUUUCCCGGGAAACGCGUCCGCUGCCUGGAGUCGCUGCUCGAACAAGUGUCGAAUAAAAUUAAUAAAAUAUAGAAAAUACUGCUUGCGCAAAUCGCAAAAUGCCCACAGUUCGCGUGUGCUUGCAAUGGACCUCGGUUGUCUUCUGUACAAUCACGCUGAUCGUUGGCAUCCUGGCGGCCCUGGCCGGUGUCUAUGAGCUGGAAACCUACGACGAGGGCUCCGCGGAGCAUCUGGAGAAGUUUGUGCAACUGGGCAUGGCCGGAGCCCUGAUCCUCGCCGGACUCGUGGGCUGCCUGGGAGCCAUCCUCGGUUCCAUCAAGGUGAUGGUGGUGAACCUGAUUAUUCUCCUGGUUCUGAUCGGUUCGCACAUCUGGAAAUUGACGCACUACAACGAGAAAAAGCAGCUGGACGCCACCGAGGUGUAUGUAAUAGGGCUCUGGAUGAAGGAGCUGGUCCAGCACGGCGCCAUGCAGCACUUGCAGCAGGAGUACGAAUGCUGUGGCGACAAGGGCUACUCCGAUUACACGAGUCUCAAUAUAAAGGUUCCCCGCAGCUGUUUCUACACCAAGGACGGAAUCCACGCCCUGUAUCCCUAUGCCGAGGGAUGCAUGGCUGCCGUGAAGAGAGCCUACCUGCAGGUCUACCGAUACGAGAAGUGGACUCACUGCGGACUAAUUGGCUACGAGGUCGUGGGCAUCAUCUUGGGCAUCACCCUGUGCUGCCAGCUGACCAACAAGACUCGCCGGUACACCUACUGAUCACCAGCGACAUGAAUAGAUAAGCACUUGCCACUUGGAUACACAAUAAACCAGCCAUUUGAUAAGAUCUAGCACUAAGCUUCGUUGAGUAGGUGGGUCC